CUUUGUGCUGGGCAAUUUCCACAAAAGGGAAGGCAGCUGAAUGUUUAUCUCACACAAGUUCUUCUGCAGCACCUUGCAUGGUUUAAGAUAAUAAAUGGUACUAUUGCUGGAAUUACUAAGAAUAUCCGCCUGCUAAUAAUAGCCAUUUCAUGAAAUCUGGAAACAGAAAUUAUAAUGUAUUUAAAGUGGUUUUCUGUUUAUUUGGGCCGGUCAAGAGUAACUUAUUAGUGACUUCUAGUAAAGCUGUAUGCAUGCUGGAGUUACUAUAAAAAUCCCAAUUUACUCAUGAAAGUGAUAAACUUUGAUAAUUGAUGCCAGUAAUUUAUUUUUCUAUUUUAAACUGAGAUUAGCACUUGCAGACAGGGAGUUGAAGUUCAUAAUUUACAAGUGCCAGAGGCACUGGUGGGCUAUGAUGACAAGCCUUUUAAUGACUGUGGUAGGUUUGAUAUUAAGCAAAGCCACUGGAAUUGCUACAUGAAUAUUCAUUUUAAUGACAUAUAUUGGUAGGCAAAGAAUUGCAACUUGCACAAUAUAGCUGUCUCUUAAAAAUUAAAUGAACGUAUGGUAAAUGAUAGGCAUUUUAAAGAAGCUCCAAAUAGUUUCAUUACAGUUAGCUGGCAGUGAUGGAAUUAAAUAAUAAUAAGGAAAAAAGAAAAGCUUUCCUUCUGUGUGUGGACUGAAACUGUGAUUACACUGGUAUCACAUGUAUAGGAUAAGUGAGAAGGGACUGCCUGUACUAUGUGAAAUUGCUGACAGCUGUUAAAAUCAGUCUUGUACCCUGCGCAAAGGCAUUAAUCAUGUUGCUGACUACAUCUGUUCUUGGGAAAGGGGACACAUCUUGCCUUUGAGGACAGUUACCUGGCUAGAAAAGGCUUGUUUCCAAUUGCUAUGCAGACCCACAUGUCAUACCAUUACUGCAGACUGCGAGCUCAUGAUAAGAACUAAUUGAGUAGCAAUUCCUUAUUUGCAUCCCAUUUUUGAUUCCCAGAAAUCAAUGAGUAACCUGAAAGUCAUGACAUUGUAGAGGUCAGUGUGUGCACAUACACUCCAGCAAGCCACAGAAUUUGAUUAGCUGAAAUUUUUAACAAGGUUUUUGUACAUUUUGGAGGGGUUUAAUGUGCAACACAGCCAGCCGUCUGUCUCGUAAAACUGGAGGCUGUACUCGAGUAUCAUUAAAGCUUGUGCCGCUGACAUCAGACGGUGAUCUUGGAGUUUCUGGUGAAGUGUCAUGAUGCUGAGGAAGCAAAUUUAAUAAUUAUUUCUGACAUUGUUCCUGCACUGCCUAGAGAAUACAGGAUUUUCAGGGCAAGCCUAGGAAAAGAAGGUACUCCACUGAGGGAGAUGCUCUAAUACUGAAAACAUAUAUGCCGAAAGGCCAAGGAAUAGCUUUUUGUUCCUCCAGAACAGCCACCCUUGCUUCAUACUAAGCAGGAUUUCUAAUAUGACAAUUAAUCUAGAGUCUCAGGUUCUGCAAUGCAGUGUGCAGUAUUCUGCAUAAAUAAUGCUUUAAAAAAACAGCUAUUCUGCAGCAAACUUAAAACCUAGGAGUGUCAAUUAAAUAUAAUGUGCUAUACAUACAUCAUAAUAAAUGGCCUUGAUACCCCAGAAAAGGUUUCUCCAUGCAGCUUGUUUACAUUAACAAGUUGCACGAGAGCAGGAAGGUCAGUAAUCAUUGUUCACACACAGUCUCUAAAUUGUCCAUUAGAGCACAUGUUAACAGUGCCAUGUUUUUUAAAAAGGAAAGGCUAUUUGUUUAUCUCUGUUCAGUGAAAUGAGGUGGUGGCAGGAGAGGAUGAGAAAGGAGAAUUGGCAGAAGAGAAAGAAAACCAAUACAGGGAAAAUGUGACCUGUAACUGUUUCACCAUCAGUAAUGGAGAGAUGCAGGAUGUUGGUGUUGGCCUGUAUCCCAGCAUGUCUUUACUGAACCACAGCUGUGACCCAAACUGCGUGAUCGUUUUUGAAGGAUACCAGCUUUUACUUCGCUCCGUCCGAGAGAUCCAGAUAGGUGAAGAGCUCACCAUCAGUUAUACUGAAUCACUGAUGCCCACCAGCGAACGCCAAAAGCAACUGAUGCGCCAGUAUUGCUUUGAAUGCGACUGUCUCCUCUGCCAGAAUCAAGAAAAGGAUGCUGAGAAAUUGGCUGGUGAAGAGCAUGCCUGGAAAGAAGUAAAAAAUGCUGUAAAUGAAGUGAGAUAUCCAAAAUCAAAAGAAGAGUGGGAGAAGGUUCUGGCAAGAUGCCGGAAUCUCUUGAGCAGCUAUAAGGGUCGUCUUCCAGACACAAAUAUCUAUCAGCUGAAAAUGCUUGACUGUGCCAUGGAUGCCUGUAUUAACCUGGAAUCCUGGGAAGAAGCUUUGUAUUAUGGCAACAGGACUCUGGAACCAUACAGACUGUAUUAUCCUGGUUUCCAUCCACUGAGAGCUGUCCAGCUGAUGCGAGUGGGCAAACUGCAGUACAGUCAAGACAUGUUUCCUCAAGCACUGGAAACCUUGAAACAGGCCUAUAAUAUUAUGAAGGUGACACAUGGGACAGAUCACAGCCUGAUGCAAGCCUUGAUGGAGAUAAAGGAACAGUGCGAGGCCAUCAUGAGAAUACAGUGAAGAAAACCUCCAGUCUGGAAAACAAAAUAUUCAAGGAGAAAGGAAAUCAAAUGCUUUUUAUUGUAUUGGAAAGCCUCUUGAUGAUUUUGGUGUCUUUUCGUUAGGUCCUAAAUGUUCAGUAUCUCUUAGUUUCGCUGUAUGAUUGCAAAUGAGUUAAUAUUUGGAGGAAUAUCUGCAGUUUUCAGAGGAUUUUUUUUUUCCUACCAAACAAUCUAAUUGACAAUACCUAAUUAUCAAUUUACAAUACCUAAUUUAAUUGAUAAUAAUAUUGGGAAAGCCAAACAGAGUCAUCAUCAGUUAGAAAGUGAUAUAAUUCCUUUUAUAUCAGCAGUCAAUUUUUUAUAGCAGUUUACGCCAGCAAUUAAGGACCUCAUGUCAGACACAUUAUAAGUAGAGAGAAUAUAUUUUUUCCCAUUGCCUUGCCCUUAGGUGUCAUUUCCAAAAGCCUGAUCCAGUGGUCUUUGACAUCAAAUAAGAGUUUCCCAAUGUUCUAAAUAAGAUUUUCUUCCCUGACAAUAUAUCUGCAGAGCUCUGACCCUCUUCUUCUUCCAUUUCAUAUGCUGUAAUAUCGAAUAUUAAAAUGGCUGAAAAAAAAUUUAAUGAAAAGUGUAUCUAUGUGGAAAUUGUUUACUCUGUUUUCUCCACAUUUUGAGUGCUUCAAGAGUUUCUCACUUCACAACAGCUUUAAAGAGAGGUUUGGGCCUGUGAGCUCCAUGGUGUGGUUUUUAGACCUUUCUGAGCCCUUGGGGUUUGGAUUUCACCUCCCCAAACAGUGAAGCUCUCAGACCUACAGAUGACUGCUGAACUAGGAGGUCAUUGCUGGGGGACAGUGGGAUGUCUUGGAAAGCACUGGACAAGGAGUAAGGGGUUCAAACUGGAACACAGGAGGUUCCACUUAAAUUUGAGAAGAAACUUCUUCUCAGUGAGGGUAACAGAGCACUGGAACAGGCUGCCCAAGGGGGUUGUGGAGUCUCCUUCUCUGGAGACAUUCAAAACCCACCUGGACACAUUCCUGUGUAACCUCAUCUGGGUGUUCCUGCUCUGGUGGGAGGAUUGGACUGGAUGAUCUUCCGAGGUCCCUUCCAAUCCCUGACAUUCUGUGAUUCUGUGAUUUCCUUAUGCUCAUCACCAAUAGAGUUGUUCUUGCCAGAGCUGCUGACUUCCAUUUUUAACACAAAAACAAAUGUUAACAAAAGCCAAUGAGGAACAUCAAAACCUAAAUGAUUUAAGGCCUUUGAAAGUAUCACCUCAGGUGUGUCACUGCUUUCUAACAAUUUAUUGCUGCUACUCCAGCCAUGACUGUUAUUUCAUUAAUCCACGGUUGUUGUAAAGUCAGUUUUUUUUCACACCAGUAACUUGACACCAUUAAUUAUUGUGAGAACACAUUUCAAAAGAAAAUGAACACUCUGGGCAUAAUUUACAGCCAUAGCACAUGAAUGCCAACGCUGAGGAAGAUAUCUCCUUUCAAGGCAUUUGUAUUUGUUCCAGCAUAUGGAGCAUUCACUUGCCCAGCAGUAAUAUGCAAGCAAUACCCUAUGAAACACAGUGCAGUUCUGGAGUAUGUAGCAUGGCUUGAUGCCAGAGGCCAAGUCCUAUCAGCCACCCAAGAAGUGCAAUAAUCCUCGCAGAAAUUCACUGCUUGUUUGGUUCUUCUUGCCGUUAUGAGAAGGAAAUUAUCUGGGGGAAAAGGUCAGACCUUUGCAUUUAUUGGGAUUUCUGACAAAGUAAUGUCAUCACUGGUAGACAAUGAGAAAAUGCGAGGGGUACCAAGUCUUCAGGACCUAUUUUCUGGCUUUAAAGGGGCAAAUGCGUAUUAGAAGUACUGUGCUUUUGCAUAAAGAUGAUGCUUAUGUUAUCUCAUUAUUACAUUUCUAAUACUAAGAUUUGAAAAUGCAAGGGACUUCAGAAUGUAAGGGAAGAUGAUGCAUGAGUUUAUGCAGCAUAUCCUGGGAACCGGCCUGCCAGCUCUCACGUACGUAGACACAUCUGUAUGUAUGAACUGCAGCACCAGCUUCUGGGGCUUCUGGUACAAGGACACUACAGCUCACUCUCCAAGCACAACAGCAGGGAAGUAUGGACACUAGGGGAGAGUCUGAGCUACCUGACAUCAGAUGGGGAAGGCCAUAUUACAUCACGCCGAAGGAUCUACCUACAUUGGUAUUUUCUCUCCAGCAGAUGUUUAGGGAAAAUGUGCAAGUGGAACAGUUCAGCGUUUACCUGUUGGGAAAUAGAGAAAGGUGCUAUGUGGGCUGCAAUGGCAGGAGUGCUGCCAUGUGAGUGGGGCUGUAGGAAAUGGAUUCGCAGCCCACCGAGCAAUGCAAGAAACCAGACCGGCACCGGCUUGGUCUGCAGCUCAGGUUUCCAGAUCAGCAUCCUGAGGGCAGCGCUGCAUUGCCUGCCCUGCCUGGCUGCCUCCUCUGGGCUGGCCUGAGGAGAUGCCUUAGUACGAGGGUGUAAUUCAUGCUUUAUAUUCGUUACUGUUGAUACAAAACUUGCUUUUUUUUCUGGUUGGUUUCAGUCAUUUACUGAGCAAUUUGCCUUGGAGGUUCCCAAGUACUAACACUGCUGGCAGGGAGGCUGAUGCUGCAGGGGAGGGUGUUGCAGGCAGAUUUUUUCCUUUCCAAUGUUCCCAUUCCAGCUUAUUUUCUGCAAAGAAGGCUGGGUGGUGACUCCAGAGAGAUUCAGCUAAAUGCAUCAUUUGAAAGUGCGGUAGCAAGGAAGCACGCCAGCUAGGAACAUUAGAUAAGCACUCAUUUCAGAUCAAGUAAUCUUAUUUUUUCAGCUCAGACUCAAAGUAGCUGGAGUUGUCUUUGCACAGACAUCGUGUUUCAGCCUUCAAGAAUAAUAUCUGUCAAGUUUUUCAGGUGGUAUCUGCUUGCUAAGAUAAAGAUGAUAAAGUCAGAGGGAGGCAGAUUGCAACAUUAUGUUUAAUGCUGGCAGGCUUGCUGCUUGCUUCCAGCAGGUCAGAGACUUUUCCAGUAUCUUUUGUAAAAUAAUGGUAAUUUGGGUUCACCGUAAGGUUUAGAGUUACUUUUGAUUUGUCACUAUGCCUUAAAUUAAUCCAGGAGCAACAAUGUUAGAUUGCACUUAGAGUGAGCAUUGCAUCAUAGUAUGUGUUUGGAAGAGAAACAGUACCAACCUAUGGUAAAAACCAUGGGGUAUUAUACAGUUUUGCUAGGAACAAUUGAUACCAGUUGAACAAAUCAUCUAUCUUAAAAAAAAAAAUUAGUUCCCCAAACUAUGCUGUUUCUUUAAGCAUGGUGUAAUUCUCUGUAUCCAUACCCUCAAGGUGUGCUGACCUGAUGUUGGGCCCUUGGCAAACAGAGCUUGCUGUGCAUAGCAGGGGUAGUAAACAGUAGAAAAUAAAGAUACUCAAAUGCAGUGAACCAGUGUUUUCAGCACUGUGACCUCUCUGAGUCUAUCAAUCUGUGUGUUGCGCCAUGCAUGGGUUUAUGCCAGCAAAACUCUGCCGCUACUCAGCCCCUUCUCUGCUUCUCGCUGUAACCCUGUUCUCUGAUGGCUAGGCUUUUUAAGCUAGCUUUUGUUAGACUUUUUCUUUUUUAACAUAGCACAUUUGUGAAAUAUAGAGGUUAUUUCCCUGCAGAGCAUAUUCCAAAUAGUGCCUGACUACUGCAAGACUCUUAAUGAACAGAGUUCUGUCUUUUACAGAGGUUGUGCCAAUUAUGAGGAUUUUUUUUCCCUGAUUCAGAAUUAAAUCUCCCAUAAGAUAUGGAGAAAAAGGAAGGUCUUUCUUAGAGUUAUGGAUGCAGAGUUCUGGCUUGACUUCUCCGCUGCACCAGAAACUGUGUCUGAUCUUGGGCAAACCAGCCAGGGUCAGGCUGACUUCCAUUGCUGGGCUUUGUCACCGUAGGAUGUGCAAAAUGGUAUGGCACCAUUGUAUUAUAUUUUCUUGUAAUUACGGGCGUUGCCUGAGAGCUCCUCCAAAACUGAGCUGCCACACACAGACAGAGGGCUGUGAGCGGCUCCUGCCUGAGCCGUGUCUCCUGCCUGCAGAGAAAGCACUGGUCUCCCCCACAGCACUUCAGCAAACUCUAAAGCACAUCCAAAAAAAUCCAAAGCAAAUGCUUCUGAGCAUUUCAGCCCAAAGCCGCAUUACAGGUCCUCCUUUUUUUUUUUUUUUUUUUUUUGCUUCUUUUUAAAUUACUAGUUUCUUUUUCCUAUCAAGGUACAUUUUCCUAUGCAAAAGUCCUUUUCUUUUCCAUUUCUGAUUUUACAAAGUUAAUCAGCCUGAAAAUACAUUUGAGAUCACUGUUUUAUAAAAUGCUUCCUACAAGAACAUCUAAGCAUGUAUUUUUUCUAAGCAUAAAGAGUGUACCUUGCCUGAAAGUCUACAGUGUGCUGUUCUUGCCACUCAGCACAGUGGUUUCUGUUUAUCCCCACAAUAGUGAUGUGUAAGCCAUGCCUGUAUGACCCCCAUUAGUAUUUCAUGGGGAAAGUUCAGCGUUUUUAUUUGCUCUGCACUUGUGAUCAACAUGGACAAAUCAAUUCUAAUUCCAUCAUUCUUUAGACUUUUUGUAGGUUUUAAUAAGGACCUUAGAGAUUCCUCCCCUCUGAAAAAAAGAAUAACGCAGGCUUAGUAAUUAGGCUUCAUACAGUCACUGCUCACACAGAGAAACCUAGCAAGUUCUUUAUAGUUCCCAGGAGACCAAUUAACCUUCUUUUAAAUAUACCUCUAUAUAGCUACAGAGAGAGGCACUCACAGAAAGGCACAUACACACAAGAUUUUCAGUAGCCUCAGAUGCUCCAGCUCCUUGUUAACUAAAUUCUGAUGGGUCUCCCAGCAAGCAGGCAGGACUGAAGCAUCCUGCCCAAUUCCUUUUUAACUCCAAAGAUGCCUUAAUGGGGACAGAGCAUAACCUCUUCUUCCAGCUCACCCCAGGGAAGGAGGGAGGGGAUAAUCACGCAGCCUCUUCUUAAAGUUCCCCUCCAUCUCCUGGGCUCUGGCAGGCAGAGCUUGCUGGUCUCCUUACCUGGAGCUAAGGAGCCUGCUCUCCCAUCUCUGUUUCAGCUAAGGGCUGAUCUAGUGAGACUGGAGGAAAGAGAUGAUGUUUUCUUCCUCUGGUCCUCCAAUUUAGCAGCUCUGAUUCCCAGUCACCAGAGGUUCUGAAUAGGAAGGUGGCAAUUUUACACACCUCUUGGAGGAAAGCUGCACUUUAAAUCACAGGUGAUUCCUCUUGGCAAUUCCACUUGACUUUCACAGCAGAAGCCAGGAGUCUGUGAUAGACAAGGGUGGCUGAUGAGAAAAUUAGCAGAGCUCCACUCAGGUUCUGUGCUCUGCUCUGUGCUGUACUUGCCUGUUUACUUUUAAUGAAACUCCUUUUAACUAUGACUUUUUAGUGUUGCCUUCCUAUCGCAGUAGGUGCCAGGCAUGGUGUUGAUCAUCCUGUGGUGGAACAGGCAGAGCAGAGUUCUGGCCUGACCUUCCUUGUGCUCUCCCUUGCCAAGCCGGGGACACCCAAGUGAUAUGUUGCGCAGUCACAGAACUACCAUCCUCCCACUGAGCCACUAUCCCUCCCACUGGUAAUAACAGACCGCAGGAGCACGUAGCAAAGGAUGGAAAAGCUGUUGUGGUUUUUGGUGAGAGUUGCAGGCAUCACAUUGUUUCAGAGAGGAAUUGGCCUCUGUGAGAGGUACACUUUCCCCCCCUCCCCAAAAACAACAGAAACUUACAGGCUGAUGGAACAUUGUGGUACUGCAUAUGCCCCUUGAUUGACAGACAGGGCCUUUUACCAAUGAGUUGCCUUGAUUGAAGCAGUUUCUGAACAACCACCAUAAAUUAGAGAGCAGUGUAGGGGAAAGGGACCUGGGGGUCCUGGUGGACAGCAGGAUGACCAUGAGCCAGCACUGUGCCCUUGUGGCCAAGAAGGCCAAUGGCAUCCUGGGCUGUAUUAGAAGCGGUUGGUUUGUAGGUCGAGAGAGGUUCUCCUUCCCCUCUACUCUGCCCUGGUGAGACCACACCUGGAAUAUUGUGUCCAGUUCUGGGCAUUCCUCAGGGACUGAGACACCUUGCUGACCUGGUAAGUGAUCGCCUGGGUACCCUUGAGAGUCUUCACUUUGACACAGAGUGGGAAGAUGUGUGUUUUGAACUACCACUCUAUAGUUUUGGAAUCUGAUUCCCUGGAGUUUGAGUUGGUUGUGCAGUAACUAAACUCCUAACUGGUCUCUGAAACUGUGUCGUGUAAUGUCUGAGUGCUGAGUAAGUUUCGAUUAACCCUGUUUGUAGUUGGUUUCUGCUAAACAAUUCUGGUUAGAAUGAAGUCUGUUUGGAGUUUGUUGCCUGCCUAAAAUGACUUUUGGGGUGCCUCUGUGACAGCCUUCAUACCUGUACCCAUAACCAUAUCGAUGAGGGACAGCUGGUGGCCUGGGAACCAGAGUAGUAGAGAUGAUGGAGACUGCGUGAAAAGGAGCAAUCACUGACUGCUGACAGUUUGCUUCUGCUUCUUAUGCCCAGUCCCAUUUUGAUCAUUUGGAUGCAAGAGCUCUUGUUGUACUUUGGUCUCUUUAUCAAAGGCACAUCAAGCUCUGGAGAGAAGUUUCCUCAGCGAGGUACUGGCAAUAUUUUGUUAUUUUCUUCUGUUCUCUUUAAUGUCAUUGGUGUCUUGUACCCAGGUUAUACCCUAUAUAGGACUAUGAUCAAAAUACCAUUACUGGAGAGUGAUGUUCCUCAUCAUGCUGAAAAAAAUGCUGGAUGAGUGCAGUUCUCUUUCACAAGUUGGGAAUGUUAAUUUCUGAACAUCUGUGGCUGAAGGCACCAGUAAAUAAUGAUAUUUUAAAAGGUCAGUGUAAUAAGGGCAUACAAAGAAUUUCCCCCCCACUUACCAAAUGUCUUCUGUGGGGACUGCUAAAUAAGUCGUGAAAAAUAGAUAAAAAUCUGACUUUUUGUGUUUUCUGCAAAUAGGUCUGUGCUGAUUGCUGGACUUCUUUUUUGUUUGUAGUUUAUUUUACGCAAGUCAAACUUAAAACUCAACAUGAAAAAAAGGGAAUUGGCAAAGAUGCAUUAAAUUACUGACAGAAAGCCUCUGAAAACCAGAAAGACCUGAAGAAUACUGAUCCCAGGUCUGGGAUGGGGCAGCGUACCAGCAACUAGGCAAGAAUGCCGCCUUGGUUUAGGGCUGGUAGAUGGGAAGACAGAUAAAAGUCCUUCAGAUGAGCAUUGUCCAAGUUCAUUUAAUCAAAGCCCCAAAUGCAAUCCAUGUAAUAUGACUGUGAUACAGCCAG